AUGAAAGCUUUCCAACAAUUCUCUGCAGCAACCGAUUUGAAAGAAAACCCAAGAAAAUGUAAAGUCUAUUUUGGAGGAACACAUGAGAUGGAAAAGAGGAAAAUUAUGAAAAUCACUAAUUUUGAGGAAGGACAAUUACCUUUCAAAUAUUUGGGGGCCCCUCUCACCAGUAGAAAAAUCUCCAUCAGCCAAUGCCAGCCUUUGAUAGAUAAAAUCGUUGCCAAAAUUCGCCAUUGGACAUCGAAGCUUUUGAGCUCGACUGGAAGAUGUCAGCUGGUAAAAAGAACAUUAUUUGUUGUGGCAGCUUGUUGGAUGCAGGUGUUUCCAUUGCCAAAGAAGAUUAUCCAUCAAGUGGAGGCAGUUUGUAGAAGUUUUCUGUGGAGUGGCAAUGAGGAUAGCAUAAAAGCUCCUAUAGUGUGGGAUAAAGUUUGUGAUCCUAGGUGUCCUGGCGUUCUGAAUAUCACUGCACUUAAGGAUUGGAACAAGGCAACAAUGUUAAAACUCUUUGGAAUAUCCAUGGAAAAAAAGACAAACUUUGGGUGA